GCGCUGAAGGAUAGAAGUGAACGGUUCUCUCCUCAUGGAGCUUAGGUUCCAGCAAUAAGCAAAACGUGCUGCAGCGAAAGGCUUCUGGGCUUCUGGCGGCGGCGAGAUCUCCCCAACUUUCACAACCGGGUUCCUUCCUGACGCCCGUCUCUAGGGACGCACUCCCGCGGUUGGCAGGGCUGGGGCCCGGCGGAGUCUCGCGAGGAUCUGGUGACUUAUCGCGGUAGCGCCCAGCGGUUGCCGGGAAACGGCGUGGCUUCCGGGGGGCGGGCGCGUUGGUCCGGGAGUCGCGGCUGGGCCUGUCCGCUGGCGUCAUGGCACCCAAAAAGAAAGGGAAGAAAGGCAAAGCCAAAGGCACCCUGAUUGUGGAUGGGCUUGCUCCAGAGGACAUGAGCAAGGAGCAGCUGUUUAUUUUUAGGUGAAAUUGAGUCCUCCCUCUUUCUUCCUUGCCUUUCUUCGGCCACACGCCCCUUUGCCGUGCAUGGGCCCCUGCUCAGUGCCUCACCUGACCCACUGCACCUGGCCAGGUGGAGGAGCAUGUCAGCCGCAUCCGGGAGGAGCUGGACCGCGAGCGGGAGGAGCGAAACUACUUCCAGCUGGAGCGGGACAAGAUCCACACCUUCUGGGAGAUCACACGGAGGCAGCUGGAGGAGAAGAAGGCUGAACUGCGGAACAAAGACCGGGAGAUGGAAGAAGCUGAGGAGAGGCACCAGGUGGAGAUCAAGGUGUACAAGCAGAAAGUGAAGCACCUGCUGUAUGAGCACCAGAACAACCUGACUGAGAUGAAGGCUGAGGGCACCGUAGUCAUGAAGCUGGCACAGAAGGAGCACCGCACACAGGAGGGUGUGCUGCGCAAGGACAUGCGGGCACUGAAGGUGGAGCUCAAGGAGCAGGAGCUGGCCAAUGAGGUGGUGGUGAAGAACCUACGGCUGAAACACGCCGAGGAGACCACCAAGAUGCGGAACGAUUUUGAGAGGCAAGUUCGAGAAAUUGAGGCCAAGUAUGAUAAGAAGAUGAAGAUGCUGAGGGACGAGCUCGACCUGCGGAGAAAGACUGAGCUCCACGAAGUGGAGGAGAGGAAGAACAGCCAGAUCAACACGCUGAUGCAGCGCCACGAGGAGGCCUUCACCGACAUGAAGAAAUACUACAAUGACAUCACCCUCAACAACCUGGCCCUCAUCAGCUCCCUCAAGGAGCAGAUGGAGGACAUGCGGAAGAAGGAGGACCACCUGGAGAGGGAGAUGGCAGAGGUGUCUAUGCAGAACAAGCGCCUGGCAGACCCUCUCCAGAAGGCUCGGGAGGAGAUGAACGAGAUGCAGAAGCAGCUCGCCAACUACCAGAGGGACAAGCAGAUCCUGCUUUGCACAAAAGCCCGUUUGAAAGUCACGGAGAAAGAGCUGAAAGACCUGCAGUGGGAGCAUGAAGUGUUAGAGCAGCGGUUCACCAAGGUGCAGCAGGAGCGGGACGAGCUCUACCGGAAGUUCACUGCAGCCAUCCAGGAGGUGCAGCAGAAGACAGGCUUCAAGAACCUGGUGCUAGAGCGCAAGCUACAGGCUCUGAGUGCUGCUGUGGAGAAGAAGGAGGUGCAGUUCAAUGAGGUCCUGGCUGCCUCUAACCUGGACCCCGCAGCCCUGACGCUGGUGUCCCGCAAGCUUGAGGAUGUUCUGGAAUCGAAGAACAGCACCAUCAAGGACCUGCAGUAUGAGCUGGCCCGGGUCUGUAAGGCCCAUAACGACCUGCUGCACACGUACGAGGCAAAGCUGCUGGCCUUCGGGAUCCCUCUGGACAACGUGGGCUUCAAGCCCUUGGAAACAGCUGUGAUCGGGCAGACGCUGGGCCAGGGCCCCGCGGGACUGGUGGGCACCCCCACGUAGCUGCCCCAUUGGGGGGCCACAGCCCAGAGAGCCAGCCUAGGAACACUCUGGAUGGCAACCCCUUUCACACCAAGGACAGCAAGUUUUUUAGAUUUUAUCAUCAGCAAAUGAAAGCUUUUCACAUAUUCUUGCCAUCCUCAUUCCUGGCUCUGUGGAGGAGAACCACCUGCAGGACCCUCACCCAUGGUGUCCCUGUUGCUUCCUUCCCUGGGUGCAUGUCCGGGCUGUGUCCAGGCCUACUCCCUGGUCUCACCUCCGACCACAGGCAGCAGCACCUUCUCGGAGUGCCCCGCACUCACCUGGGGGCUGGGGCAGUGCUGCACUGUGCUGCCUGUCUUCAUGCCACUGUUGUCUCAUCAAAUGGACAGCUUUGCAGGUGCUGGCACUGAUUUUAUUGACACCUGAGUCACAGCCGCCCAGUGGGAUUCUCCAAGGGGCCAGGACUUUCCCAGGAACUGGUGACACCAGUGCUCCCCGAUGAGCAUGAAGCCCACUCUGUUGAGGGCUGGGUGGGUGCAGCCAGCGUGCGGGAAAGGGUAGACAGCCUCCUGCUGCCAGUCUUCGCUCUAGCUCCCUCGAUAGGUGGUGUAGGACCAGGGGCUCAGCAGCAGGGGCACGUGGAACUUCUGGGCAUUGCUGGUGAUGGUGAACACAACCUGAGACGGAGAGAGGGCCAGGAGAGAGUAUAAGGGGAUGGCAGCAAACCACCUAUCUGGCCCCAACACACCUGGGAGAAUUCAGUAGCCCAGACUGAGGGUCUGGGAUGGGGUGAACCCUCUGCACCAGAGGGACACUCCACAGAAGCUGCAGCCCAAUAAGUCAGGUGCUGCUGUGGCGGCUCCAGUGUGGGGUGAGGCAGUGAGGUCAGGCCCAGAGAACUGGAGUUGGCUCAGAUGAAAAGCUGUGUCAACAAAGAGGGGAUGAGUGGCCCAGCCUCCCCACAAAGCCUGACCCUGAGCAGGUCAGCGAUGGGUGUGUCCUCAUAGAGUCUAUUGCUGCCUGGACACCUUUCUUUUGGGAGCUCAAAGCAAGUGAGCUCAGCUACCUGCCACCGCCAGGACCAGUCUGGCCACUGUCUAAAUGAUGCCCGGCCAGCAGGACCUGGCCUGCAGAUCCCAGUGAGUCAUGGGCCUCAGGCCCUCCAUCCCACCGGGGCUCUCACCUCCACGUAUGGGUAGAAGCUUUCCUGCCCCCUCUUCCUCCAGUAGCCCUCAGUGUCGAAGGUGAGCUUGUAGGUGCCUGCCUUCAUCUGGUCCGGCAUCAGGAGUCCAGGGCAGCGGCCAUCUGGGUCUGUGUAGCUGGGGAGAGGAUGAGGCUGCAGAGAUGGGGAUGAGAAGCCCCCACCCCAGCUUUCCUGCGUCUGUACCCCAGUGGGCCUCAGACACUGCCCUGCCACCCGUCAGACUUGGGUGAGCAGACACAGUGGGGCUGUUAGGGCCUGCAGUUCCAGAGCAGUUCAGGGACACCACUGCCCUGUCUUUAGGAAAUCACAACACGCAGAAGCAAAAAGGGAAAAAGUCUCCCACAAUUUUUAUAGCUGGCAUGUAUUUUUCCAGAUUUUCUCUAUGCAUAUUUGUUUACAAACUUAUAAAGUGGAUUAUACUAUUUG